GAAAAGUUUUAAUAGAAAGAACAUCUUUUGCUGAGAAGGGACUUUAUCUAAACUACAACGGACAGGCACAAAAAACAGGUUGUAUUUAUUUUUAGCCUUCUUUGAAUUCUUCUUCUUCAUUGAAUUAGUAGCACGUGGCAGCCGGCUCUUCUGCAGGACACAGAGGAGUGAGGUCAUACAGUGAUUUGUUCUUCUUUGGUGUAGUUGUCACUGUUUAGUCAUACGUUGUGAGUCAUAUUAAGGAAACACAAUGGUUGCUGGAAUGUUAAUGCCCCUUGAUAACCUGAGAGCAAUCUUUGAGCAUCUCUUUCGGGAUGGUGUCAUGGUGGCCAAGAAAGACAAGCGUCCCCAGACCAAGCAUCCUGAGAUUCCUGGUGUGGAUAACCUGCAGGUGAUCAGAGUUAUGGGCUCACUGAAGUCCAGGGGAUAUGUGAGGGAGACCUUUGCAUGGAGGCAUUUUUACUGGUACCUUAGUAACACAGGAAUUGUUUACUUGCGCAAUUACCUUCAUUUGCCUUCAGAGAUCGUGCCUACACCACUACAGAGAGUACGCCGGCCAGCUGCCACUCUGGCCAUCGCCCCAAGGGGGGCACGGGUACAAGCUGUUCAGGGUCCAACUUCUUAUGUUCCCAAACCAGUCAAGAUGGGCGCAGAAAAACAAGAGGCUAUACAGGAUCGACAAGAAUACCGCCACAAAAUGACGAGUACUGAUGAGGAGGAGAGGAUUGAAUCCAAUGAGAGAUCACCAAGAUUUAGAGGCCGUUCAAUAGCUAGCAGUCAGAGACCCAAAGGAUCAUGGGAACCCAGGGACCAACCCAAACUUUCUCACGGUUACACUGAAGAGAUGGAACCAAGUGUCAGAAAGAAAGUUUCUAUGCAUACAGUCUCCCAAAUGCCUCCUAUUGUAACUCACCAUGUCAAGCCAGUUAAACAGGAAAAGAUGAAGGAAAUGGAACUCAGGGAAUGUAUCAAGACAGCACAAGAGCAAAAAACACAAAAGCUUAGUGUCAGCUCGGAUGUGCCAAGUGUUUCAUCAGCAGUGGAGACAAUAGAAGUGGAUUCCCCCCUAUCUGUUUCUACUAAAGCAGUAAAAGAAAAACACAUAGAAAUGCUGUUUACAAAGGAAACAACACCCACAAAAACUACCAAUAGCAAAACGGCUAAGGAUGCAUCUCAGCCUAUUUUCUCAAAACUAAAUUUGGAAAAAACUGAGAAAACAGUCACUAGAAAUGUGCAAGAUGUGCCAGCUGUUUCUUUGUUACCUACGGACGCCAUCAAAGAAAAACCCAAGGAAGAGGUGUUUAUCAAGGUCAUUCAGAAAACCACCUCCACAGUAACAGUUGAUAGCAAAAUUACUAAAGAUGCUCCUCAACACAUUUCCUCAAAGCCAAAGGAGGAGAAAACAGUUGUGGCUAAAGAUGUGCAGAAUAUAUCAAAUGCUGAGACAAAUAUAGGGGAAUCCUCUACGUCUUCUGUCCCCACUGAAGCAGUCAAAGAAAAACACAAAGAGGAGAUGUUUAUGAAGGUUUCUCAGAAAACCACAUCCACAAGAGAUAGCAAAACCACUAAGGAUGAUGCUCAUUCUACUUCUUCAAAACUGAAGGUGGAGAAAACACAAAAAAAUGUUGAGGGCAUAAAUAACCAGGAUAGACCAACAGCGGAGUCAGUUGCAGUAAAAUCCUCCGUGUUUUCUGUCCCCAUUGAAGCAGUAAAAGAAAAACCCAAGGAUAUGGUGGGUUUAAAAAUCUCUCAGGAGACCGCAUUCAUGGGAAGAAAUGAUAGUAAAAUGAAAAAGAAUGCUUCUCAACCUAUUUUCUCAAAGCCAGAAGUGGACAAAAAACAGAAAACAUUGACUAAAAAUGUGCAGAAUGUUCCAACUGUUUCUUCAUCACCUACUGAGGUCAUCAAAGAAAAAAACAAGGAAGAGGUUUUUAUCAAAGUCUCUCAGGAAAUCACAAACACAGAUGAAAUGGCUAAGGAUGCUCCUGAUCCUACUCCUUUAAAACCAAAGGAAACACAGAAGAGUCUGGACAUGCCAAAUGUUUCAUCAACAGCUGUUUCAGUAAAAGUGGAAUCCUCCAUGUUUUUUUCUGACCCUGUCGAAGCAGCCAAAGAAAAACCCAAGGAGGAGAUCGAUUUAAAGGUUUCUCAGAAAACCAUGGUAAAAGGUGAUAAGGAUGCUUCUCAUUCUACUUCAAAACUGAAGGUGAUGAAAACACAGAAAACAGUUUUGACCAAAAAUGUUCACGAUUUGCCAACCGUUUCAUCAACGGCAGAGACAGUUACAGCGGAAUCCUCCAUGUUUACUGAGGUGCCUAUACAAUCCUCUCACGAAAACACAUCCACUGUUGAUAACAAAAUCACUAAUGAUACUCCUAAUCCAACUUCCUCAAAACCAAAGGUGGAUAUAACAAAGAUUACAAUGACCGAAACUGUAAAUGAACAAUCUUUCAGUAAUAAAAAAACAGCAAUUGCAGUGGAUAUCUCUAUUGCACCAAAUCAUUGGCCUUCCGUUCAUGCGGCUGGUUUGACAAUGAACAAUUCUGAAAAGAAAUUUGAUAUUAAUUUGCCACAUCAAGCUCCUGAGCUUUCAUUUAAGAAGAUUGUCAGUAAUUCAGCUACAACACCAGUGCCGCCCAUAACAUCUACCAAUGUUAAGAUGAUUAAUAAUCAACAGAAACAGCCUGUUUCCCAAAAGGCUGAGGAAGUCCAAGAAACAUCCAAGAGUCAAACUACGCUGCCAAAAGUUCAUGAAAAGGUAGACAUUCCUGAUGCCAUUUCUACUGCUGAGGUCAUAACAAAGGUUAGGGGUCACAAGGCCAAAUCUCAGUCCCUAUCUACACGUACUGACACCAGUAAGACAGUAAUAAUAGAACAAACUGCAAUACAAUUGGAAUAUAUAGCAGCAGCACCAAAACCAAUUGAUUCCAUUCAACAACAACCAUCAUCUGGAAAACUGACUGAGGAACUGAAUGUUGCUGGUGAAACUAAAGCUGCGAUGAACAAGGAUCUAGGUGCCUCAAAGCCUUCGAAAGGAAAGAAAAAAAAACAUAAAUCAGCUGACAAAACUCUUGUUUUAAAACCAUCCCCUGUUGUUGAUACAGAAGCAACACUUGUGAAAACAACAGCUCAAGAUGCCAGUAAUGUCGACCUGCCAAAGGUCGAAGCCCCAGAGCAAGUUGAAACAAAUGAAUCUGCAAGGACAUCCUUUAAAGAAAUGCACAUUGUGGAGAGCACACAGUCAACAGCUGUACAGAAUGAGGCCCCGACUCACAAAAAAGAGGUGGAGCCUGCUCAGCCCUUGGCUGAAAAAUGGAAGGUUCAGAAAAAAAAGACAUCCUCUGCAAAGAGACAGUGGGAAGCACCGGCAGCCGUAGCGUCAGCAGCAACAGCAACAGCCUCAAUUCAGUCCAACCCCCUCCCUGACCACAGGGAACCUCCCAGUGUUGCACAACACUCUGCCUCUCCUGACACACAUCAGAGUAAAGUCAGGCAGAACAGGCUAUCGGAUAGCAAGGCCCCUGCACAGCCUGGCCACACUGGCUCUCUUCCCGCUGAAGAGCUCACCUGCGACACACAAAAGCAGCCCAUAGACGACGCCAUGCGGAAGAAGAUCGUUGUGGUGGAAGAAGUGAUUGAAGUGCAACAUAUAGCCAGUCCUGGUGCAGAACAACCUGUUGCACCCCUUCUGCCAGAGGUUGCAGAGGAUGAUUUGGACUAUGACGUCUUGGAAGAAUUGGCCAUAGAACGUGGCAUCCUGCAGAGUCCUGAAAAUGAGACUUUUUGGGAUCAUUCACUACAAGAGCCUGAGCAAAAAACCUUCCCCAACUUCAUAGAAGAUGAACGGGACAGAGUACAAAAAAAGACUUUCACAAAAUGGAUUAACAAACAUCUGAUAAAGGCACAGCGUCAUGUGAAUGACCUGUAUGAAGAUCUCAGAGAUGGACAUAACCUGAUCUCCCUGCUGGAGGUCCUCUCGGGGGAGACACUGCCUCGUGAGAGGGGACGCAUGAGAUUCCAUAAACUUCAGAAUGUACAGAUAGCACUGGAUUUCCUCAAACACAGACAGGUCAAGUUGGUGAACAUCAGGAAUGAUGAUAUUGCUGACGGAAACCCAAAGCUGACGUUGGGUCUCAUAUGGACCAUCAUACUCCACUUCCAGAUUUCAGAUAUCCAGGUGAGUGGUCAGUCAGAUGAUAUGUCAGCAAAGGAGAAGUUACUCCUGUGGUCCCAGCGUAUGGUGGACGGUUACCAGGGCAUUCGCUGUGAAAACUUUACCACAAGCUGGAGGGACGGAAAACUUUUCAAUGCUGUCAUACACAAACACGAGCCCAGGCUUAUCGACAUGUCGAAGGUGUAUCGUCAGACCAACAUGGAGAACCUGGAACAAGCCUUUUCUGUGGCAGAGCAACAACUUGGGGUCACACGACUGCUUGACCCAGAGGAUGUGGAUGUGCCCCAUCCUGAUGAGAAGUCAAUAAUCACGUAUGUGUCCUCUCUCUAUGAUGCUAUGCCACGUGUUCCUGAUGUCCAGGAUGGUGUUAAGGCCAGUGACCUGGAAAUGUGCUGGCAUGAAUACUAUGAGCUGGUUACCAUUCUAUUCAAGUGGAUCAGACAUCAUGUCAUUAUCUUUGAGGAGAGGAAGUUCCCCGGCAGCUAUGAAGAGAUUGAGAUUCUGUGGCGUCAGUUUCUGAAGUUUAAAGAAACAGAGCUGCCUACCAAAGAGUCUGAUAAGAUCCGCUCCAAACACCUUUAUCAGUCCUUUGAGAGUGCGGUUCAUGCUGGUCAGAUUAAAGUGCCCCCGGGUUACCACCCAAUUGAUGUUGAGAAAGAAUGGGGGCGACUCCACGUAGCCAUUCUAGAGAGGGAGAGACUGCUCAGAAUAGAGUUUGAGAGGUUAGAACGUCUCCAGCGGAUUGUCAGUAAAGUGCAGAUGGAGUCAGGCGUGUGUGAGGAACAGCUCAACCAGCUUGAGUCUCUACUUCAGACUGAUAUCCGACUCCUUAAUGCAGGUAAACCAGCCAAGCACACAACUGAGAUGGAGAGGGAUCUGGACAAAGCCGAUGGAAUGAUCCGCCUCCUCUUUAAUGACGUUCAGCUUCUUAAAGAUGGUCGCCACCUGCAAGCUGAGCAGAUGUAUCGCAGGGUCUACCAUUUGCAUGAGCGCUUGGUGAACUUGUGUAGCGACUACAAUCUAAGGUUCAAGGGACAACGUGGACGGCCCGAGCUGGAUGAGGUUACCCUACGCUAUGCACAGGACCUGUUGGCCUGGGUGGAGGAGAACCAGCGAAGGAUCGAAACCGCUGAGUCGGGCAUUGAUCUGCCCUCUGUAGAGUCUCAACUGGGCAGUCAUCGUGGUCUUCACCAAACCAUUGAAGACUUUAAAGCUAAGAUUGAGCGAGCACGAGCAGAUGAGAAUCAGCUCUCACCUUCCAGUAAAGCCACGUACAGAGAAUGUCUGGGCAAACUGGAUCUGCAGUACAACAAGCUGUUGAACUCCUCCAAGACCCACUUGAGGAAUCUGGACCAGCUGUACAUCUUUGUCAGCGCAGCCACAAAGGAACUGAUGUGGCUUAAUGACAAAGAGGAAGAGGAAGUAAAUUACGACUGGAGCGAACGCAACACCAACAUGAGUACAAGGAAAGAGAACUACUCAGGACUCAUGCGUGAACUAGAGUUUAGAGAGAAAAAAGUCAAUGACAUCCAGGCCAGUGGAGACAGACUCAUCAAAGAUGGUCAUCCAGGCAAGAAGACUGUUGAGGCCUUCACAGCAGCUCUGCAGACCCAGUGGAGCUGGAUCCUCCAACUGUGCUGUUGUAUUGAAACUCAUCUCAAAGAGAACACCGCUUACUUCCAGUUCUUUGCUGAUCUGAAAGAAGUGGAGGAGAAGAUGAAGAAGAUGCAGGAGACCAUGAAGAAGAAGUACAUGUGUGACCGCACAACUACUGCCACCCGUUUGGAAGACUUACUUCAGGAUGCUGUCGAGGAAAGAGAGCAGCUGAACGAGUUUAAGAAUGACAUCGCUAACUUGAACAAGAGAGCCAAAACCAUUAUACAGCUGAAGCCCCGGGACGCAACCGCCCCCUUCAAAGGCAAACUUCCCAUUCAGUCAGUGUGUGACUUCAAACAGAUGGAGAUCACAAUGCACAAAGGGGACGAAUGCGCUCUCAUCAAUAACUCACAGCCCUACAAGUGGAAAGUUCUGAACCGUUCAGGCGAUGAGGCUCUUGUACCAUCGGUUUGCUUCCUCGUGCCACCUGUCAACAAGCAGGCUGUGGAGAGUGUGUCCAGUCUUGAUGCUAGUCAUCAGCAGAUACUGGUUCUGUGGCAGAAACUGCAUUGCGACCUGAGAACUUUGCUAUCCUGGCAAUACCUGAUGAAAGACAUUCAGCUCAUUCACUCCUGGAACAUCACAGUGUUCAAGACAAUGAAGCCAGAUGAGUACCAGUUGAUCUUGCGGAACCUUCAGCUUCACUAUCAGGAGUUUCUGAAGGACAGCACAGAAUCAAAGCUCUUUGAUUCAAAGGAGUACAUGCGAAUCGAGAGGGACUACAAGGACACAACACAGCAUUUCGACAACCUGCUCUGCACCCUGGAGAAAGGUGAGCAGAAUGAGUCCAUCUGUAAGAACUACAUCACUCAGAUUAGAAGCAUACGGCUGCAGAUUGAGGACUGUGAUUCUCGCACUGUGACCCGUAUCCGACAGUCUUUAGAUAAGGAUCCACUCAGAGACUGCAUCCAGAAGACUGCUGAACAGAGGAAAGUGCAUGGGGAGCUUGAGGGUAUUAAGAAGAACCUUGAUAAUGUAGCAAAGAAAGCUGAGGAGCUCUUGGCCUCUCCAGAGCAGUCCAGUACUCCAGUGCUGCGCUCAGAACUGGAUAUCACCCUACAAAAGAUGGACCAAAUCUACAACCUGUCCUCUGUGUACUUGGAGAAGCUUAAGACUAUAGAACUUGUGAUCCAGAACACACAAGGGGCUGAAGAUGUUGUGAAGAAAUAUGAGACUCGCCUGCGUGAGGUUCACACUGUUCCUUCAAACAUCCAAGAAGUGGAGAACUACUGUUCUGAGCUCAAGAAAAUGCAUGUGGACGCAAAAACUCAACAGCCAGUGAUUGAUGGUAUGGAGAGCGAGAUGUCCAAAGCCACAGUUGUCAGUCAGCAUAUGGUAAAGAUUCACACAGAGCGUGAUGCUGAGCUAGACCACUACAGACAGUUCCAGAGCAGUCUGCAGGAACGCUGGCGUGCCGUAUUUGCCCAGAUCGACCUGCGUCAGCGUGAGCUGGAACAGCUGGGACGUCAUUUGGGCUACUACAGGGAGAGCUAUGACUGGCUUAUCCGCUGGAUUGCAGAUGCCAAACAGCGUCAGGAGAAGAUCCAGGCAGUGCCUAUCGUUGACAGCAAAACACUGAAAGAACAGCUGGCACAGGAGAAGAAACUUCUAGAGGAGAUCGAGAAAAACAAAGAGAAAGUGGAUGAGUGUCAGAAAUAUGCCAAAGCUUACAUUGAUACUAUUAAGGAUUAUGAACUACAGUUGGUAGCUUAUAAAGCUCAUGUUGAACCCUUACUGUCUCCUUUGAAGAAAAACAAGAUGGAAUCUGCCUCAGAUAACAUCAUUCAAGAGUAUGUAACCCUGAGGACUCGCUAUAGUGAACUGAUGACAUUGACUAGUCAAUACAUUAAGUUCAUCACAGACUCGCAACGCCGUCUAGAGGACGAGGAGAAAGCAGCUGAGAAACUUAAAGAGGAAGAAAGGAAAAAAAUGGCUGAGAUGCAGGCAGAGUUAGAAAAACAGAAGCAGCUAGCUGCAGCUCAUGCCAAGGCCAUUGCCAAAGCGGAGCAAGAGGCAAAUGAACUCAAGCUCAUGAUGCAGCAGGAGGUUAGCAAACGAGAGAUUGUUGCAGUGGAUGCUGAAAGGCAGAAACACAACAUCCAGCAGGAACUUCAUGAGCUCAGAAACCUCUCAGAGCAACAGAUCAAAUCAAAGAGUCAGCAAGUGGAGGAGGCUCUGCUAUGCCGGACCAAAAUAGAGGAAGAGAUCCGCAUCAUAAGACUUCAGCUGGAAACCACAGUGAAACAAAAGUCCACUGCGGAGGAUGAGCUGAACCAGCUUAGGGACAAGGCUACAGAGGCAGAUAGACUUCGCAAGGCAGCUCAGGAGGAGGCUGAGAAACUUCACAAGCAAGUUAAUGAAGAGACCCAAAAGAAACGUCUGGCAGAGGAGGAAUUAAAACUGAAGUCCGAAGCAGAGAAGGAGGCUGCUAGGCAGAAACAGAAAGCCCUCGACGACCUUGACAAGCUUAAGAUGCAAGCAGAAGAGGCAGUGAGGCACAUGAAACAAGCUGAGCUUGAAAAAGACAGGCAAAACAAACUUGCUCAAGAAGCAGCUCAGAAAUCAGCCGCCACUGAGCUGGAUAGCAAACGUAUGUCCUUUGUUGAAAAGACAACCAAACUUGAGGAGUCACUGCGAGAGAAGCACGGGACUGUCAUUCAACUUCAGGAGGAGGCAGAACGUCUCAAAAAGCAACACGAAGAGGCAGACAAGGCAAGGGAAGAAGCUGAGAAAGAAUUAGAAAAAUGGAGGCAAAAAGCCAAUGAAGCCCUUCGUCUAAGGCUCCAGGCAGAGGAAGAGGCCCACAAGAAAACUCUUGCACAGGAAGAUGCUGAAAAACAAAAGGAACAGGCUGAGCGGGAGGCCAAAAAACGGGCCAAAGCUGAGGAAUCUGCCCUGAAACAGAAGGAGAUGGCCGAACAAGAGCUGGAGCGGCAGAGGAAGCUGGCAGAGAGCACAGCACAACAAAAGCUUUCCGCAGAGCACGAGCUAAUCCGCUUGAGGGCUGAUUUUGAACAUGCAGAGCAGCAAAGAUCCUUGCUUGAGGAUGAAUUGUAUCGUCUUAAGAAUGAGGUUAGUGCAGCAGAGCAACAACGAAAGCAGCUUAUGGACGAGCUUUCCAAAGUUAGAAGUGAAAUGGAGAUUCUAUUGCAGAUGAAAGCAAAGGCUGAAAAGGAAAGCAUGUCUACCACUGAAAAAAGUAAACAACUCUUGGAAGCUGAAGCUGCUAAACUGAGGGACCUCGCAGAUGAAGCAGGCAAGCUCCGUGCCAUUGCUGAAGAGGCAAAGAGGCAGAGACAUGUGGCUGAGGAGGAAGCAAUGAGACAGAGAGCAGAAGCAGAGAGAAUUCUUAAAGAGAAACUAGCUGCUAUAAAUGAGGCCACCCGCUUAAAAACUGAAGCAGAGAUAGCACUUAAAGAAAAAGAGGCAGAAAAUGAACGCCUUCGAAGAAACGCGGAGGAUGAGGCUUACCAGAGAAAGGCUCUCGAAGACCAGGCGAGCCAGCACAAACAAGACAUUGAACAGAAGAUAGAACAGCUCAAGAAGUCCUCUGAAACCGAAUUGGAAAGACAGAAAUCGAUAGUGGAUGAAACUCUUAAACAGAAAAGAAUAGUUGAGGAGGAAAUUCGUAUCUUGAAACUGAGCUUUGAGAAGGCUUCAUCUGGAAAGCUUGAUUUGGAGCUCGAACUCAAUAAGCUGAAGAACAUUGCUGAGGAAACACAACUAAGUAAGCUACGGACUGAGGAGGAAGCUGAGAAGCUCCGCAAACUUGCCCUUGAGGAGGAGAACAGGAGAAGGGAGGCUGAAGAAAAACUGAAAAAAAUUACUGCGGCAGAACAGGAAGCAGCUCGACAGCGCCAGGCUGCCCAAGAAGAAGUAGAGCGUCUCAAAAAGAGAGCAGAAGAGGCCCGAAAGCAAAAAGAAGAUGCUGAUAAAGAGGCUGAGAGGCAAAUACGUGCUGCCAAAGAGGCUGCCGAGAAAGCAAUUUCAGCUGAGCAACAAGUCCAGACUGUUCUUGUUCAACAGAAAGAGGACAGCCUGGUGCAGAAAAAGCUCAAGGAAGAGUUUGAGAAAGCCAAAAUGCUUGCACAAGAGGCUGAAAAAGCCAAGCAAAAAGCAGAGAGAGAGGCUGCCUUACUCCGCCUUCAAGCAGAAGAGGCAGACCUUCAACGACAGGCUGCUGAGGUCGAGGCAGCGCAUCAAGCCAAAGCCCAGGAGGAAACUGAGAGGCUCAGAAAAGAGGCAGAGCUUGAUGCAGAAAAGAGAGCUCAGGCUGAGGCAGCAGCACUGAAGCAAAAACAGCUGGCAGAUGAAGAGAUGGCUAGGCACAAGAAAAUUGCAGAGCAGACACUUAAGCAGAAAUCUCAGGUAGAGCAAGAACUUGCUAAAGUAAAGCUGAGGUUGGAUGACACAGAUAAACAGAAAAGUCUCCUAGAUGAAGAGCUUCAUCGCCUUAAGGAUGAGGUCGGUGAUGCUGUUAAACAGAAGGCCCAGGUAGAGGAUGAACUGUUCAAAGUCAAGAUUCAAAUGGAGGAGCUUAUUAAACUCAAGCUCAGAAUUGAAGAGGAGAACCAACGUCUUAUGCAGAAGGACAAGGACAACACCCAAAAAUUUCUGGCUGAGGAAGCUGAAAACAUGAAAAAGCUUGCUGAAGGAGCUGCCAGACUCAGCAUCGAGGCACAGGAAACUGCUCGAAUGAGACACAUUGCUGAAGCUGAUCUCGCUGAACAAAGAGCACUUGCUGAAAAGAUGCUUAAAGAAAAGAUGCAAGCUAUUCAGGAGGCAUCUAAACUUAGAGCUGAGGCAGAAAUGUUACAGAGACAAAAAGAUCUUGCCCAGGAGCAAGCUCAAAAGCUCCUUGAAGACAAACAGCUAAUGCAGCAACGACUUGAGGAGGAAACUGAAGGCUUCCAAAAAUCAUUAGAAGCUGAGCGCAGAAGACAGCUGAAUAUAACAGCUGAGGCAGAAAAACUUAGACUUCAGGUGUCCCAACUCAGUGAUGCCCAGUCCAGAGCUGAGGAGGAAGCCAGGAAAUUCAAAAUGCAAGCAGAUGAGAUCAGUGCUCAGCUUCAUGCUACAGAACUUGCCUCCAAAGAGAAAAUGACAGUUGUCGAAAAAUUGGAAAUAAAGAGGUUGAGCAGUGACAGAGAAGCAGAUGAAUUGCGCAAAGCCAUUGCUGAACUUGAGAAAGAGAAAGCAAAAUUGAAAAAUGAGGCUGAGGAGUUACAGAAAAAGUCCAAAGAGAUAGCAAAUGCUCAGCAAGAGCAAAUUAAACAGGAGAAAACAAUUCUACAGCAGACAUUCAUGUCAGAAAAGGACAUGCUGUUGAAAAAAGAAAAACAAAUUGAGGAAGAAAAAAAUAAGUUAGAGAACCAAUUUGAAGAGGAGAUCAGAAAAGCAAAAGCCUUAAAAGACGAGCAGGAACGUCAGAGAAAACAGAUGGAGGAUGAAAAAAUGAAACUGAAGGCCACUCUGGAUGCUGCUCUAAAUAAACAAAAAGAGGCUGAACAAGAGAUGCUCAACAAGCAAAAAGAAAUGCAAGAACUUGAGAGAAAAAAGCUUGAACGAGAGAGGAUGCUUGCUGAGGAGAACCAGCAACUGCGUGAGAAACUUCAGCAGCUGGAGGUUGCUCAAAAAGUCACUGAGGUGACAGAAAGCAAAAGAGUCCUGAAUGGACAAAGUAUUUGUGUGGAGGUUGACAGUUUCCCUGCAUUAGCUUUUGAUGGCAUCCGCGAGAAGGUGCCUGCAAGCAGACUUUUUGACAUAGGACUUCUAAGCAAAGUGGAUUAUGAUAAGCUUCAGAGGGGUGAAACCACAGUGCAAGAACUCAGCAAGACAGACCAACUUAGAACAAUUCUCAAGGGCAAGGAUUGCAUUAGUGGCCUACUUGUUCAUCCAAAUAACAAGAUGCCUUUCUAUCAAGCCAUCAAGGACAAGAAGAUUGCUCCUGGGACAGGUCUAGUGCUCCUGGAGGCACAGGCAGCCUCUGGUUACAUAAUUGACCCAGUGAAAAACAAGAAACUAUCUGUCAACGAAGCAGUAAAAGAGGGUCUCAUUGGUCCUGAAAUUCACAACAAAAUGCUGUCUGCAGAGAGAGCUGUUACUGGUUACAAGGAUCCAUACACAGAAGCAAAGAUCUCACUCUUUGAAGCAAUGAAGAAGGGUCUCAUUGGGCAGGAUCAUGCCAUUAGAUUGCUGGAAGCUCAGAUAGCAUCAGGUGGCAUUAUCGAUCCAGUCAACAGUCACCGUGUGCCAACUGAAAUAGCUUGUAAGCAGGGUCAGCUAGACGCAGCCACCAAUAAAAUCCUACAGAAUCCCUCAGAUGAUUUAAAGGGAUUCUAUGAUCCAAAUACCCAAGAAAAUACUACAUACCAAAAGCUAAUGGAAAGAUGCAUAACAGAUCCAGAAACAGGAUUCCUUCUUCUGCCCAUCUCAGAGGAGGCUGCCUUAAAUGCCAGAACAUGCAAUGAUGAGGAAACAAAGGAUGUUUUUGACAAGACAACUGUAUCCAUACCAUUUGGAAUAUUUAAAGGAAAGACUGUUACCAUAUGGGAAAUAAUAAACUCUGAGUACUUCACGGAUGACCAGAAAAAAGAUCUUAUCCGUCAAUACAAAACAGGAAAGAUUACAGUUGAAAAAAUCAUCAAAAUAGUUCUAACUGUGGCAGCAGAAAAAGAGAAAAAGAAUGAACUUGCCUUUGAAGGCCUGAGAGCACCUGUUCCUGCCUCAAAACUACUUGAAUCCAAAGUUAUUGACAAAGACCUCUACAACAAAUUGCAAAGGGGACAACUCUGUGUAAAGGAAGUGUCUGAAAUGGAGAAUGUGCAGAAAGCCUUGAAGGGCACAGACUGCAUUGCAGGAGUAAUUAUUGAUUCCACGAAACAAACAAUGUCUUUUUAUAAUGCAAUGAAGAAGAACAUGAUGAGAUCUGAGCUCGCUCUUAAUCUUUUAGAAGCACAGGCUGCCACAGGAUACAUUGUUGAUCCUGUUAAAAAUCAAAAACAUACAGUAGAUGAAGCUGUCAAAGCAGGUGUCGUCGGCCCAGAGCUUCAUGAAAAACUUCUGUCUGCUGAGAGAGCUGUCACAGGCUACAAAGAUCCAUACACUGGAAAAACAAUUUCUCUGUUUGAAGCAAUGAAAAAAUAUCUGAUCAUGAAAGAUCGGGGUAUUCGACUUCUUGAUGCACAGCUGGCAACAGGAGGCAUUAUUGAUCCAGUUCAAAGUCAUCGUAUUCCUCAUGACAUUGCCUGCAUAAGGGGUUGUUUUGAUGAUGCAACUCACAAGUCUUUGACCAGUCUAACUGAUGAUGUUAAAGGAUACUUUGAUCCAAACACACAGGAAGAUGUGACUUAUCUGCAGCUUAUUAAAAGAUGUAUUACGGACAAAAAGACUCGACUUCAGCUUCUGCCUCUGUCUGAGCAAGCCAUUAAUGCCAAGGAAGAGCUGAAGUACACUGAGGCCCAAACCAGAGAUGCAAUGACUCAGUCAACUGUUGAGGUUCAGAGUGGACCUUUCAAAGGGAAAAAAGUAACCAUAUGGGAGCUCAUCAACUCUAACUAUCUUACAGAGGAGCAGAGGCUUGACCUAAUGAGGCAAUACAGAUCCGGUAAAAUUACAAUUGAAAAGAUCACAAAGAUUUUAAUUGAAAUUAUAAAUGUGAAAGAGAACAGGAACCCAGAAGAGAAGUGCUUUAAAGGUCUCAGGGCCCCCGUUCUAGCAAAGUCGUUGUUUGACUCCAAAAUCAUUGACAAAUUCACAUAUGAUUUGUUGGAACAAGGCAAAAAAACUCCAGAGGAGGUCAGUAAAAACAGUUUGAUCCACAAAUAUCUCCAAGGCUCUGAAAGCAUUGCUGGAGUUUACCUUGAACCUGCACAAGAGAAAGUUAGCAUCUACCAAGCAAUGAAAAAGAAAUUCCUCAGACAGAACACAGGAAUUGCCUUGCUUGAAGCUCAAGCUGCCACAGGUUUCAUUGUGGAUCCUUUGAGAAAUGAGUUUCUCAGUGUUGAUGAUGCUGUUAAAGCGGGGCUUGUUGGUCCUGAGCUUCAUGAGAAACUUCUCUCUGCUGAAAAAGCCAUCACUGGCUAUAAAGACCCAUUUACAGGCAAUAAGAUCUCCCUACACCAAGCCAUGGAGAAAGAACUUAUCCUAAAAGAACACGCCAUGCCACUCUUGGAGGCACAAUUGGCAGCAGGUGGAAUUAUUGAUCCAGUAAACAGUCACCGUGUUCCUAUUGAUAUUGCAAUCCAGAGGGGAUAUUUUAGCAAACAGCUAGCCAGCAUUACUGAAAGCAAGUACUUCUCUGAUCCUGCCAGUGAUGAGAACAUAUCUUACAAAGUAUUGAAAGACAAGUGUAUGACAGACCCUGAAACAGGAUUAAAUCUGUUGAAACUCUCUAAACCACAGGCCCCAACAGUUGUGGAGAAAACUUACCUUUACAGUGAAGAACAAACCCAAAGUGAUUUGUCCACUACUCAGAUUGAUCUACCCAUUGAAGGCCAGGGUUCUAUGUCUCUAUGGGAUGUUAUGAAUUCUAAUCUGCUGCCUGAGGAGCAAAGGACUCAGCUUCUAGAGGAAUAUCGUUCUGGCAAAAUAACAAAAGAACGGAUGAUAAUCAUUAUCAUUGAAAUUAUAGAGCAGAAGGAAGUUGUUGUAGGUGGAGGCAUUCAGAGCAACAGCACAAGACGACGCCAAAUCACCAUUGAAGAUCUCUAUAAUGCCCGCAUUAUUGACCUUGAGACCUACAACUUGUUUAAGAAGGAGAAAAAGACUAUGCACGAUGUAAUUGAGAUGGAGAGUGUUAAACAGUAUUUGUAUGGUACUGGUAGUGUUGCUGGUGUGGUGACUGAUUCCAAUUCCAAGAUCAGCAUUUAUGAAGCUAUGAAGAGAGGAUUCUUGAAGCCAGACACUGCAGUCGGUCUCUUAGAGGCUCAAGCAUCUACUGGAUUCGUCAUUGAUCCCAUCAGGAAUGAGAUGCUUACAGUAGAUGAGGCAGUGCGCAAGGGUGUGGUUGGGCCAGAAAUUCACGACAAGCUUUUGUCUGCAGAGAGAGCAGUCACCGGCUAUAAGGAUCCAUAUAGUGGCAAGGUCAUCUCCCUAUUCCAGGCGAUGAAAAAAGAACUUGUCCUAGAGGACUAUGCCCUAAGGCUACUUGAAGCUCAAACAGCUACAGGUGGAAUUAUUGAUCCAGAAUUUCACUUUCAUCUACCAACAGACAUCGCCACACAACGUGGAUACAUUAACAAAGAGACAACUGAAAAGAUGGCAGAUGAGGUUAAAGGAUAUGUCGACCCAUUAACUGAUGAUAAAGUGUCAUAUGCUCAGCUUCUCAAAAGAUGCAAGGUUGACCAAAAUGGGCUCUAUUUGUUGUCUUUAGCAGACAGAAGGUUGUUGUUCAAAGGUAUCCGAAAGGACAUUACAAUAGAGGAGUUGCUCCUCUCCAAAGUCAUUGAUGAACAAACAGUCACUGAACUUAAUGAGGGACUGUUAUCAAUGGAUGAGCUGAGCAGUAAAUUGCGGAAUUAUCUGCAGGGUUCAAGUUCUAUUGCCGGUGUUUAUGUGGAGUCCACCAAAGACCGUCUAUCCAUCUACCAAGCCAUGAAAAAGAACAUGAUAAGGCCAGGUACUGCUUUUGAAUUGCUUGAAGCUCAAGCAGCCACAGGUUAUAUCAUUGACCCUAUUAAGAACCUCAAGUUAUCUGUCAAUGAAGCCAUUAAGAUGGGAAUUGUGGGUCCAGAGUUCAAAGACAAGCUCCUGUCAGCUGAGAGAGCUGUGACUGGCUACAGAGAUCCUUAUACAGGCAAAACAAUCUCACUUUUCCAAGCUAUGAAAAAGGGCCUUAUUUUAAGAGACCAUGGAAUUCGUCUUCUGGAAGCUCAGAUUGCCACUGGUGGAAUCAUUGAUCCUGAGCAGAGUCACCGCUUGCCAGUCGAAGUGGCCUACAACCGAGGUUUCUUCGAUGAGGAGAUGAAUGAGAUCCUCAGUGACCCAUCAGAUGACACCAAGGGGUUCUUUGACCCAAACACAGAAGAAAAUCUCACUUACCUGCAACUGAUGGAGAGGUGUAUUAUAGACCCGGAUACAGGUCUUGUGCUCCUUCUUCUAAAGGAAAAGAAACAUGAGAGAAAGACUUCUUCCAAAUCCUCAGUUCGUAAACGCAGAGUUGUCAUCGUAGAUCCUGAUUCAGGCAAAGAGAUGUCCGUGUAUGAAGCCUACCACAAAGGUCUAAUUGACCAUCAGACAUAUCUUGAACUUUCAGAACAAGAAUGUGAAUGGGAAGAAAUUACAAUGACAUCAUCAGAUGGGGUAGAGAAGUCCAUAUUAAUUGACAGAAGGUCGGGUCGACAGUAUGACAUUGAGGAUGCUAUUGCAAGAGGCCUUAUUGAUCGUACUGCAAUUGACCAAUACCGCUCUGGCACUCUUUCAAUCACAGAAUUUGCUGAUAUGUUAUGUGGGAACAUGGGAGGUUUCCGUUCCCGAUCCUCCUCCUUUGGAUCUACCGCCUCUUAUCCAAUGAGCCCCAUACCUUCAAUUAAAACUCCUGCAACUAUAUGGAAUGAUCCAACAGAGGAGACUGGUCCUGUGGCUGGAAUUCUUGAUACAGACAGUCUAGAAAAAGUUUCAAUCACUGAAGCCAUGCAUAGGGGCUUAGUGGAUUCUAUAACUGGCCAGAGACUUUUAGAGGCACAGGCUUGCACCGGUGGUAUAUUAGACCCAUCUACUGGAGAGAAAUUCACAGUUGGCGAAGCAACAGAGAAAGGGCUUGUGGAUAAGAUAAUGGUUGAUAGACUCAACCUAGCCCAGAAAGCUUUCAAUGGAUUUGAGGAUCCUCGGACUAAAGUCAAAAUGUCUGCUGCACAGGCCCUCAAAAAAGGCUGGCUUUAUUAUGAAGCAGGACAGCGAUUCCUGGAGGUGCAGUAUCUCACUGGUGGCCUUAUCGAGCCAGAAGCUUCAGGACGAAUGUCUCUAGAGGAGGCAAUUCGAAAAGGUUCAAUUGAUGGUCGUACAGCCCAAAAGCUAAGAGAUGUGAGUGCUUACAACAAAUACCUUACAUGUCCUAAAACCAAACUAAAGAUUUCCUACAAAGAUGCCAUGGACAGAAGCAUGGUUGAGGAGGGAUAUGGCCUUAGGCUUCUUGAAGCUUCAUCAAUGUCCAGUAAAGGUCUCUACAGUCCCUAUAACGUCAGUGGUGCUGCAUCUGCCUCUGGCUCUCGGUCUGGGUCCAGGACAGGCUCUAGGUCUGGUUCAAGAAGAGGAAGCGUUGAUGCUACAGGUUCUGGAUUCAACAUGAACUUUUCAUCAUCCUCCUACACUUCCUCUACUUACAGCCGCAGAUUUUAAGUUGACCCCACAAUGGACCUGUCACACAGGGUCCUUUAUAUCAGCUCACUACACUUACAUAUUACAUAGAAAUGAAUUAGACAUUAAAAGAGUGCUUUUAUUUUGCCCUGCAUUUUUUAUAUGCAUUGCAAAAACUACAAGUACCGUUAUCUGUAAACAGUUACGUUUUUAUUUUCAUAUAGUUUGGAUGCCUACAAUCUUUAAACUAGUCGCUUAGCUCUAAUCGUUGUUAUCUAAUUUAAGAUAUUUUUCACCCAAUACUGACAAGAUUUUAUUUGAUAUUUCAUAUAGCAUUCAUUUCUACGUCUUAUUUUAGAAGGGGAGAGGGUGUUUCAGGUUAAUGUACCAGAAGAUAUAACUAGCUUGACAAGAAAUUUUCAAGUUGACUCUAGACUGUUAGGCAGCAAUUUCAAGAAUGUCCAGAAAUCAAUACACAUAAACAUUAACUCUAAAGAAGAACUGCUAGUAUAAGAAGCCGCAUUUUUAUCAGCUGGGUUUACUGUUAUGAAAGUCCAAUACAUAUCCCAAGUCCUUGCAAAACUUACUGCUCCUGAAUGCCAAGGCCAAGAUUCACUGUCAGUCCUCCAGUGGUGUAUUGUCCAGUGAAGAUUUGAGAUGUCUCAGAUGUCUGAUCCAUUCCACACUCAUAACAUCUGAACAGAUCUGGAUGAAUUUUAGUACUUACACUGGACUGGAAUUGCCACUCCUGAUUAAAGGCAAAAGUGGAGUGGUCUCUGCGGUUGUAUUUGCUUUGUAUAUGCUGUAGACUUUUCUGGACCCAGAUAAUAUUUUUUUGUCCCAUGUCACAUUUUUUGACAGAGGUCACCAAUUAAUAGAGGUGAACUUAACGAUGCUGCGCAUUUGGUCUUCGAUCACGAGAUAAAUGAUGCUCAACAGCAGCUCACAUCCUCAGACAUUCAGAUCCUCACUGAGACUUUACUCCUUCCAUUGCAUCUAUCAUUUGCAUGAAGACAUUAGAGGCUAGGGCUACCUUGAAGCCUUGGAUAUCAUACCAGGAACAGCCACUUUGGUGAACUGCUCCUUUAGUAUUUUGAAAUUCACCUCAAAUGAGAAAUUGACUUGGGACUUUACAUGUAGUUUUUGCAGCCCCUUUGCAGAGUUUAUUAAAAAAAAGAUUUCAAAUAAAACAUUAUGCAUUAGAUGCAUUACUCUUUGUAUUACAUGUUCAGAGAGACUACAUAUUUUUACAUUAUACAGAUAAAAAUGCAUCAUUGACUGAAUAUAUACUUGGGUUCAUUUAAUUUAGGUCAAGAUCAUUUUUCAUUUUAAAAUUUCCUGUGCCUAAACGUUUUUAAUUUCUUUGUAUUUGUCAUUUGUUGGCUAUCUACAGUAUCUUUCUUUGCUUGUUUUUUUAUUCAGUGCACUCUCUUGAAAGUACUUAUUUUUUAUGUAACAUAUUUGUUUUGCAUGUUUUAGUAACUUGCCAUAAAGUGCUUUAAAAGUUGAAGAAUAGAUUUUUUUAAUAUUACAAAUAAACUGUAUACAAAAGAUUAUAUGAGUGUAUGAAAUACUAAAUUGUGGAUGAACAGUUUUUCUUCUUUUCAUCAGAUACUGGCAAUAAAGAAUGUGUUUUUAAGGAUCAUACAAUAUUCAAGUGUAAUAAAUAUAUUUUGGAGAGAUCAUUAGAUAUCAUUAGAUGAUCAUCCAGUAAUACAGCGACAUCGUUGCUGUCAGACUGAAGCCCUGUAUUUCCAAAACUGCCAAUUAACAGGAAAUGACACUUCAUUUUUUAAAUAAUUCAACACUGCCCUGUCGAAGCUAGUCAACUCUUUAAUCGUUUUAUUUGGUUAAAUAUUUGCAAAACACCCAGAGAAACCCGAAGGUACUUGAUAAAAAAUAAUUUUGAGAUGCAAUAUUAGUAGUAUAAUCAUAUACCGUCUCAAAAGUUUGAUUGAUUUAUGACCCCACCUGUCAAAGAUCUGUCAACCAGUCACUCAAAUGGUUUAUUGCCUGUCAAUCUUGUUGACACUUAUGUUUUAUGGCUGUUGUUGGGGCUCCUCUGUCCCCCACCCUUCCUUCAGUGGGAGUAACUACAUACCCCCCUCAUCACUCCCUAAUCAAAAAAGUGUGUUUUUCAGCCUGUUUGAUUUUGCUAUAGGCUAUUUGUGAAAGACGGUUGUGUUUGUAAAUUAGAGAGAGAUAAAAUAAAUAUUUAUGUGGGGUU